UAGUUUUUUCUUUUCGGCCGAGCAAGUUCGUUUGUGUUACUCCGCGUUGCUUUUUCUCGCGAAAUUCGUCUUGUUAUUGUUAUUAAUAGUUGUUGUCGCGUAUUGUUUCGCCAAUCUUGUUUUUUAACCUGUUCUUAGUGUGUGUUUGUGGGUUUGUGGCGAUUCCAAUGCGAAGCCAAGCCCAAGCCUAUCCCAACAACAACAAGUGCGCGAACAACAGCUGUUCAGUAUAUUUUUCGCCCUUAAAAAUGCAAAUGCAAAGUUGAUACAAUGAGAACGGGCGAUAAAGUAGGAGGAAAGCUGAAAGAAACAAAAAAUAACCGUUAAAAAGAACACAAACAAAAGCAACAACUGUGAAAGGCAAAGAACGAAAAGCAAAGCAAAAAGAGGAAGAAGAAGAGUUUGCGCAGUCACGUGUGCAGUCGACGUCGGCUGCGGCAGCAGAGGCAGAGGAAAAUUCCCUUGCGGAAAAUUCACAUUCGCGAUGAUGAAGGAAAGCGAGACGAUGAUGAAGCUGUUGAAGAAGGAGCUGAAACCCGCAGCAACAACAACUAGUAGCUGUUAAAAAGAGACAGCCACAGCUUCAAUGUCUGACGAAGUUCCUCUGGGUCGCCUAUCUCAAAUCUUCGAUACAUUGACCAAUCUCCAGCAGCAGCAACACCUGCGUUCUCAAGAGCAACUGCAAUCGCAGCUGCAUCUUCAUACACAGCAGUUGCCUGCAGAGCAGCGAAGAAGAUCAGCCUCCUCAUCGCCAUCGCCAUCGGCCAGUGUCUCUGCCUCGACUUCUGGGCGGGCCACGCCUUGUUUCGGUGUGGCCAGCCCUCUUAAUACACUGCAGUACUACAGCCACUCCCACAACUAUUUGCUGCGGCCGCAAGAUAUCGCCAGCAGUGGCUACCUGCACACCUUUCCAUCGCAUUUGUAUCACCACCACCAUCAGCAGCACCCCCACCAAGUGCACACCUUGCAUCAUCACAGUCAGCCUCCCUCGUUACCCACCAAAUUGAGCGGGGGCGGGGCACGUGGCUGCUUAUCGGGCUCACAAUCGGGAUCACAAUCGGUACAGGGAUCUCCGCUGUUGGCCAAGAGAGCCACCUCUUUUAGUGGUCAAAUACCACUGGCUCAGGGUCGUUUUGCUACCGGAGGAACUGCGUCCACGCCGAAUAGUCCGAGGUUGUUGCCCCGUCGUAUUCCACCUCCACCUCCCAUCCCGGCCAAGCCGAAACAGGUGAAGGCGGAUCAACAGCCGAAGGAUCUUCCGCCAAGGGAUUCGACUGCCACGGUUCAAUACAAUGCAAAUCCGCUCCUGGCAGCUCUGGACGCACCGGAUGCUCCAUGGCCACACUUUUCGACGCUCACCGAGCACCUGGACGUCCACCAGGUGAACAACUACGGACAAGCACUGCCGGAGAUUAAUUGGCAGGAACGAUGUUUGGAGUUGCAACUGGAGCUGCAUCGAUCCAAGAAUCAGGCGGGUCGUAUACGCGAUAUGCUGCGAGAAAAGCUUACGGAUCUGGAGCAACGCGUUAUUGAAGCGGAAGAACGAGCCGAUGAAGCCGAAGAUAAGGUGCGUGCCAUGGAGCAGCGUCUAAGUGAAUGGCCCAAGCCACCGUCCCAACAGCCCCAGCAUCCGCAUUCGCAUCCGCACCAACCAGUGCCCAGUAAUCUGCAAGAACAGCAGACCAGAAGCAAGUCAUCUCCGAGUCAUCAGGUCGGAGGAGCUACGGCACCAGGAUCAGCGGGUUCAAGUGCUCCGCCCACCCAAGAAGCAGAAAAAACCAUUACUUCUCUGGAGAUCCAAGUGGAGGAACAGAGACAACUGCGACUCCAUGACGCACGACAAAUCGAAGCCAAGGCUGCCAAGAUCAAAGAGUGGGUAAACAACAAGCUCCGAGAUCUUGAGGAGCAAAACCAGUUGCUACGUGAGCAGAACGUCAAGUGUAAUCAGCAGUUGGAGCUCCUCAAGAAUCACAUAGCCAAUCAAUCGCAGCGGCAUAGUAUUGUAGGUCCGGUGCGAAACAGUCUUAGCCUAGACGUUCAGGAUUUCGCCGGGUCCGGAUCCAAUCCCGAGCAUCGGAGGAGAAGCGAAAGCCUAGAUCCCCAGGAGAUUAUUGGCCGACCCCUCACUACUUCAUAUCCCCAUCACCAACAUAGGAGAAACCUCUCGAUGGAACCUCAAGAACUGGAACGAAAUCUGGUGGCUGCCGUCGAUGGCCUAUCCCUCGCACCACUGUCAAGCAUCUCCAGCAAAGCUCCCGGAGGAGGAUCAGCUGGAUCGGGGGGAGUUCCCAGACCAGAUAGUUCCGAUACGGAUACAGCCCAUGAUUACGCUGAGAUUUACACUCCAUCCUGCGAAAAGCUACCCGCUUGGAUGAAAAACAAUCCAGCUCUUAUGACCAGUGGCGGGAAUUCCAGCACCACCACAACCACAACCAGUGAACUGGGCGUGCCACGACCACCGACUCCGCCCCUGCAUCGGUUUCCCAGCUGGGAGGCCAAGAUCUACCAAGUGGCCAACGACGGACUGGCGGGAGCUGGAACGGGUACAAGUACCGCGGAGAGUACGGCCAUCCAGGAAACAGAUAUCCAAGAGGGAACGGGAAGCACUCUGUCCAAUGGCCGGCGAUAUGUUCACAGUCAUGGAUCUGGGACUGGGGAUGGGAACGGCACCCUGGGCAGUACACCGGGAACCCCGCUGCCGCCUUCGAGGCAACAACAAACUGCCAGCGGCGGCUUCUGUGAUAUAUCCGUGCCCGUCUACGCAACAGUUAAGGGUCGAGCCUCGCAGAUCCGCUCGAUGCCAUUUACGGGCGAUUCGAGCGAUGACUCCAGUGACGGUGAGGACCAUGCGGUGAUGCUUACACACCACUCACACAACUCCUCGAGCACAGAAAACACGGAGACCUCGACCUCCGGCAGUGCGUCAAGCCCCUCGAAGAGCCUGAAGACCUCCUCUAGUUUAAGUCCGGCCAAGCGAAGUGGUUCUGAGAGUCCUAAGAACGCAAAGGCUCGUGUCCACAUCCAACCAUGCACAUCCACCACACAGUCCAGCCACACCAACCAACAUAUUCAACUGCAAUCUUACCAACCCCACACACUGCCCCACAACAAUCAUAAUCACCAGUUCGGGGCCUACACCCGGGCGCCCUCGAGUGGGCAGAUAACUCUACCGCGCCUCCACAGGGGCCCGAGGCACGGCCACUCCCUCCAGCCCGCCAACGCCCCCUCACUCCUCCAGCACAUGCGUGGCACAGUAAUUUCAGAUCUCUCCUUUGAAUCAGGCCUAUCGGACGACUACGCCCUUCCCCCCGACGCCGUAUCGGAGUCCACAUGCAUGGACGCCUCGAUGCCGUCAUUGCUGAUGCGACAGUCCUACGUAGAUUCACCAAGCAAAAAGAUUGAGUCGCUGGAGAAGAUGGGCCACCUGGCCAAGUUGGGUGGUAAGUUGAAGACUUGGCGCAAGCGCUGGUUCGUUUUGAAAAACGGAUCCCUCAACUACUGGAAGAGUCAACACGACGUGCAACGGAAGCCCCAGGGUCAAAUCCAACUGGACGAGGCCUGUCGAAUAAAUCGGGCGGAAGGAGCUUCCACCUUUGAGAUAGACACGGGCAAGAAGGUAUACUACCUCACGGCGGACUCGCACGCCACCAUGGACGAUUGGAUCCGAGUGCUACAGAACGUGCAACGAAGGAAUGCCACCAAGCUGCUGCUGAGUCGCGAUGACCAAAAGCCCACAGUGCAGGGUUGGGUGACCAAGGUAAAAAAUGGCCAUCCCAAGAAGUGUUGGUGUGUGUUGUUAGGCAAGAUGUUCCUUUACUUCAAGGCUCCUGCUGAGACGAAUCCGCUGGGUCAGAUCAAUAUGCGCGAUGCUCGAGUCGAGGAGGUGGAACACGUCUCUGACUCUGAUUCCGAGGAACGAGAGGACGCCGCCCAGGAUCAGGCUAGACUUACUGUUGCCAUCUUUCCGGCGCACCAGGGACCAACCUACCUGAUCCUGUCUGGCAAACCAGAGCGAGAUAACUGGCUCUAUCACCUUACCGUCGUUUCUGGCGGCGGACCAAGUGCCGGCACACAGUACGAACAGCUCGUACAGAAGCUCAUGGAGACCGACGGCGAUCCUAACUGCGUUCUGUGGCGCCAUCCUAUUCUGCUGCACACCAAAGACACCAUCACGGCCCCGCUCUCAUCUCUGCACACGGAAACGAUGCAGCCGGAGGCCAUUAAGCUCUUCAAGAGCAUUCAGCUGUUCAUGUCGGUGGCGGUCAACCAGCCUGGCAUCGACUACCACGUGGUGCUCGCCCAGAACGCUCUGCAACAUGCUCUGGAUAUGCCCGAGCUGCAGACGGAGAUGAUCUGCAUCCUAAUCAAGCAGACCUCCCGCCACAUUGGCCAGAAGCUCAGUGUCGGCGUCCAGGUAAACAAGAAGCUGGGCAAGCAAACGCGCCAACUAUUGUUGUGCGCCACCCAAAGCCUAUUCACCUGUGAUACCCAACAGGCGGGCCACGCCCAAGCCAACGGCAGUUCGCCCACCUCCAUACAGGCUCCUGCUGCCACGCCCAUAAUAGACUGCAAGAGCAACCCGCCCGCCUACAGCUUUGUCCAAGGCUGGCAGCUCCUGGCGUUAGCCGUAUCCCUCUUCGUUCCGCGCUCGAGUCGCCUUCUGUGGUACCUCAAGCUUCAUUUGUCCCGGAAUGCGGAUACCAAGACGGAAACGGGCAAGUAUGCCGCCUACUGUGAGCGUGCUCUGGAGAGGACCCUGAAAAACGGGGGCCGGGAGACGAAGCCUUCGCGGAUGGAGGUGCUGUCGAUUCUCCUUAAGAAUCCGUAUCACCACAAUCUGCCGCAUGCGAUUCCCGUGCACAUGAUGAACACCACCUACCAGGUGGUUUCCUUCGAUGGCUCCACUACCAUCGAGGAAUUCCAGGCCACCUUGGCUCACGAACUGGGUACUAGAGAUGCAAGUAAUGGGUUCUGCCUGUUCAGCGAUGAUCCGAUCGAGAAGGACCUGGAGCACUACCUAGAGCCGCUGGCGAAGCUGUGCGACGUGAUCAGCAAGUGGGAGACAGCGUUGCGGGAAAAAGGUUCAGGCAAGUUUGAGAAUUCUCGGGUGAUCCAAUUGAGCUACAAGAACCGUCUAUACUGGAAGCACACCAUCAAGUGCGAGACGGACAAAGAGCGCUUGCUUUUAUGCUACCAAACCAAUUCCCAGAUAGUCCAGGGCCGAUUCCCUCUGUCCAGAGAACUGGCUUUGGAGCUAUCCUCGCUGAUGUCGCAGAUCGACAUGGGUGACUACUCGCUGGAGAAGUCGAGAGAUGUGGGUGUGGGCCUAAAGGGUCUAGACAAGUUUUACCCGUAUCGCUAUAGGGACGCCCUGGGUGCCGAGCAACUGAAGGAUGUGCAGGAGCUGCUGGUCUCUAAGUGGAUGCUGCUUAAGGGUCGCUCCACCUUGGACUGUGUGCGCAUUUACCUCACCUGCUGUAGGAAGUGGCCUUAUUUCGGGGCCUGUUUGUUUCAGGCGAAGCCAAGACAAAGUCCAGAAUCCAACAGCGCCACGGCAACUACUCCGGUUGCUUGGUUGGCAGUAGCGGAAGAUGCCCUGAAUGUCCUUGAGCUGUCCACAAUGGCCCCGGUGGCUCGGUAUCCUUAUAGUUCUGUGAUGACCUUUGGCGGCUGCCAGGAUGACUUUAUGGUAGUAGUGUCCCACGAUGAUGGCGGAGGUUGUGAGCAAAAGCUUCUAUUUGCAAUGAGUAAGCCCAAGAUCUUGGAAAUCACGCUGCUCAUAGCGGACUACAUGAAUGCUCUGGGUCACACAGUCCCCGGAACUCCCCAGAUGAACUCCCUGACCCGGAAUGGAUCGCAUCGCUCGCUGAGAGCCUCCCAGCGUCCGGCCUUAGCUGGUGGCUCGGCAGUGGCCACAGGGUUCUCCACGAAUGCCACUACCACGGCUCACAACACGCUCAAUUCGCAUGCGACGCACACGCUUAACUCAAACCACUCGCACACGCUAAGUAGCUCUCAUCACGCCGGGGGAGGAAGUCAGCCGGGCACACUGAGUUCGGGUCACCAUCAGCACCACCAUCACCAGCAGCACCACCAGCCUGAUAUACUAAAGAGUACGCCGGAUCAUCAGAGGGUCAAGUAGAACUGAUUAGAAUCUCAGGAGGGACAUUAAUAACAAAGGAUCAUGGACAGAAGGAUACUAAUAAAACGAUGAUUCCUCAUGGAGCAAGGGUGACGGAAAAGAGUAUCAUGGAUCUUUGCUGAAGGAUCCCGCAUUGUACAUAAACGAGGAUCGCAGCUCAACAGACAUACAUAUACAACUAAACAGAUACAUAUGCAACAGCCUAGUGGCAACAAUUAUAUACAUAACGAUAGAUGGAUAACGAUAGCGAUAGCAGUAGAGAGACGACUUAGCCUGAUCGGCCUGAAAUGGACCUUAUUCUUCUUGCGCACCAUUCACUGAUGUUUUUUCUGAGCUAACAACGGUACUCGUACUCUAAAUUUAAAUUGUAAACAGCAGCAAGCAUAUACAUACAAUUUAAUUUUUUUUUUAAUAGUCCUAAGACCAACGUACCCGAAUGCACGAGGUAUGUGAAAAAACGUGAACAGAACCGGUUGACUUGUUAUUUUCCUAUUUUUUUUUUCUUUUUCUUAUUUUUUACCAACAAACAAGCAACCACAUUGCAAAACACACCAAUAUAUAUAUUAUAAUUCAGUGUUCUCGCUCUUCGAUGACUUGUAAUGAAUCUCAAUUUGUAAUUGUCCCUCCAUGCGCAAAACUGCCUUUUGAAUUUGUAGUUGUCAGAGCCAAGAACGUGAAAAACAAAAGAAUACAAACAAAACAAGCCAAAAACAAGCGAAGUAGAAUUAGCAGGAACCAAUCGAAAAAUCAAGCAAAUAUUUUGUAAAGGAUUUUUAAGCCUAGUGCAGGACGACCAUCAACCAAGCAUCCCCAUUUACAUCUAGAUAUUUACAGAUACCCCCCAAUUCGUAUGGUUUCCGCUUCAACUCGAGCAGCGAUUUUAUGGUCGACGUAUUUAAUUUUUAAACGCGUUUAAGCCUGUGCAAAGGCUAGAUGUAUACAAAAAAUUCACUCACCAGAGCUUCAGCAGAAUUAUAACAUACAUAUAUACUUUUUACGUUAGAUAAACACUCUCCCCAAUUAAUUAUUGCCCACUUUUUUACACUGCCCCCCAGAAGCAUAUGCAUUCAUAUAGUUAUAUAGAAAGGGUAUACAUGUAAUCGGAUUCGAUAUUUAACAAAAUUAUAUACACCAAAUUAACGAUAUAACAGUGUUUAUGGUAACAGCUCAUUUUUUUCCUAACUGUAAAGAUUUGAUAUUACAAAUUUAUAUGCGCCGAAGAGCAACGAAAACUGAAUCUAAACGGGAGAACCGAGCAUCUCAUUGGGAAAGAAUCGAAUAUCGAAGGCUUGCAAGUGGAUAUAAACUAUAUAGGCGAAUGUAUCACAUCACACUCCAGUGAAAUGAAAUAUAUAUAAAGGGAAAUUAACGAUUAAAACUAAACCAAAAAUG